AGAGGCGUGAGCCCCUGUGGACGACGUCACCUCCACCCACGGCCACCACCGCACCACCACCUCCCCCUCCCCUUUUAUUCCGCAUCCGAGGCGCAGCAAAACCCUAGCCUCCUCUACGUUUCCUCCUCGUGCCGCCGCCACCAGCAACUUCCCCUCUUUUCUUCUUCUCUGUGAGGAAACCACCUAGCGCCACCGCACCUCUUUCCCCAUGGCGCCGCCGCUACAGACCACCCCGCUUCCAUCCGAAAGUACCAGAAGAUGCGUCUCGUCGUCCUCGUCAUCUCCGUCCAAGGAAUCGAGCCAAGGCCCCGCAAAUCGAGCGCAAGGUCGCCGUUUCUCCUCCAUGGCCGCCAUGCUCCGGCGUCGAUUCCGGCCGCCCUCGUCCUCCUCCGGCCAAACCGAGCACACCACCGGCUUCCUCAUGUUCAUCCACACCUCCGACGCCAUCUCGCUUCUUCUGGUUCGCCCCCAACCAUCGAAUCCUCCUCCGACCAGAGCCUUCCGCCAUGGAUGUGUAUGUCCCAGAUCUUCGCUUCGUUUUGGGCUAAAACGUUGUGUGCCUCUUCAUAAUCAACAUCAGCUACCGCAGCCCAGUGAUCCGGCGCCUACUGGGCCUCGGCCCGUAUCCCCGCCCGCUUCUUCACCGCCUAGCGCGCGGCAGGCCGCUAUUCACCGCCGUCUCUACGCAGCAUUUGCUUCUUCCCGGAUAGGAUCACGAAGUGGUGUUGUGAGAUACGACAAGUUCUUCUGCAGCUUUUCACAGGUACGAGAUGACGACGUUAGCAAGGUUACCCUUCCGGCUUGGCCUGGGCAGGGUUAUGGACGUCACUGGUUAUCUUCAGGACUCUUAGUCCAAUUUGUAUCUUGUCCGUACUCGGACGUAUUUGAUCUUCUGUAUGUUUCGGAUCUUUGCAUUGUAUAUUUGUAUCUUGACUCGUUGGAGUCGUUGUUGUAUAUAUGUAUCUUGUGGGCUCUAUUGUAAUCCUGUUGUAAUGUUACCGCUCGUGUUAAUUCCUCUGGCAUCAUGUGUGUGAUUCGUCGCGCACGUCGUGUCGGAGGGCGUCUCUGAAUCGAUAUCGUGCGGAUUUCGGCGGAAUCGCUGGGAUCCUCAUGGUACCGGUUCCGGGGCGUCACACGUCGGUUUUCCGAACCGAAGAGGAGAGCAAUCGGCGAGGAAAUCAAUCGACUCCGUAAAGCAGGAUUUAUCCGAGAGAUCAAGGAAUCAGAGUGGGUGGCUAACCCUGUCAUGGUACCCAAAAAGGACACCACCGCUCUGUGCAUGUGUAUCGAUUACACCGGCCUCAACAAACACGGUCCAAAAGACCACUUCCCGCUGCCUAGAAUUGACCAGAUAGUCGAUUCCACAGCCGGAUGCGACCGCCUCU